AUUUGAAAUUCACAAUGAUUAACUUGUAAUAGGAAGAAGGCGGGGGCUUAAAGGCACUCUGUGGGUUUAUGAUCUUCCAGAGAAAGCAGUAUUUUAUUUUCAAGAUAAGCAGAGGACUGACUUUGUUACUGCCAGUUAAACAAGUAUAUCUGGCAUGGGAAUAAUACCAAAGCCUGUGUGUUAGGUUCAGCAUGGGGUAUUUGUUUUGUCUGAGAUGUGUCUGGUUGCAGGCAGUUUGGGAGAGCUGUGCAUGAGGAGAUCAGAGCAGGACAGGGUGUCAUUGUGAUAAACUCCAACUCAAGCAGGAGGAUUGCAGCUGAUAUAAAAAAAAUAAAAAUAAACAAGAGCUGUUGGAGCUUUUACAAACUGUUUACUUUGUCUUUUCAAGAAAAAAUCAUCCUGACACAUGAGAACUUCAGCUCAAAUUCAGGUUAACUAGCAGUCUUGGCCCGAGACAGUGUGUUCUGCACUAAUUUGGUUCACCAGAUCGGUUGUUUCUGUGACCUAGGAAGCUUUUAAAUCUGACUUCAGAUUUUGUUUUGUUUUUAAGGCUUACUAAACACCAUACUAAGUUGAAGGCAUGAACCAGCAUUCCUGUUUGAAAACCACAAAGCCUGCCUUUACCUCAGAACCUGAAAUAGUACAGUUGGAAGUUAUAAUUAGCGUUGAAGCCGUUUUCAGUAACGGAGAAAAUAAGCACAGCAGCUUUUCUAGGAAUUGUAUUGUGCUUGCUUCAUUUUUUUUUUUCUUCUCGCAAUUGUUUGAAAUGGGUGCUGUGUCACGCAAAGGGGCCUGUCCAGCGAUGCUUCCACAACUGCUGGGGAAAAGCUCUUUAGGAUGGUGCUGUGUGAAGAGGAAGGUAACAGCCAAGCGGUUGUGCUGACAGAGCUGCUGGAAGGAAGGUGUGGGGCUGCAUGUUGGGGGGGAGAUGGGGGUGAACCCCCUCAGAAGCAUAGAGACAGGGAGCUAUGUUUCAGAAGUGGGGCUGGGCCAUAGGGAUGUAGCUUGCUAAUUCUAGGAAUCAUGGUGUGAACAGAGCAGUGCAGGUAUGCCAUGACCCACCCUUACUCUUCUUUCCAGCAGCUGCUCACACAAUGUUGCUGCUGCACUCCUCAUGGGAGGAAAAUUAUGAGAGGGUCCUGUACAUUUUUUUGACUUUAUAUCCUAAUAUUAAAUGUGUUAAGCACAGCCUUUGACUGUUUUAAAAAAGUCUUAAGUGGCAUGAUACAAUUUUCUGAUGCUACAGAAAGCUAGGACGUUGCUGGUGGCAUUAGCUCUGCAUGAGCCAUGACACUGUUGGCGUGCAGACCUGUGUGGGGGUGCUGCAGAGAUUCACCAUCCCCUUGUUGCUCUCCCUUAAUGGUCAUUAAUGAGGCACUGAGGACCAAGGAGGUUUCACAAGAGCCUUUGAAGCUGAGUGGGUGCCCUUCCACUAACACUUCUAGCUGUUUCAAACAGUGGAGUUCUGCAUAAAGGAAGUCUGCUUAGCCCCAGGUCUGCAUUAUGGUUACACUGCUCUGCUGUCAGUGGAAAAAUAUUUGGAAAAACUCACAUUAGCCAGGCUAAAUCCUGCUGCAUGCUGACACAGCCUGUUUUUUUGGCAUAGUGUGUGAUGUUGUAGGUGGUAUAACUGUGCUGGCAGAAUAACUUCUCCUGUUGGCACAUACUGUAUUUCCAGUAUAGGUGCAGCAUCAGAUGUCCUUCUGAUGGCCACCAUUCAGCUUUUUCUUCCUUUGUGCUUUUGAACUAGCAUUUGCACUAUUUGUAAUGCCUGUGGAGUCUGUCUGUAAUUCUGGAUCAUUCCCCUUGUCUUGUUCCAUCUGUGCUGAACAGGCUCUAUCGUUUCAGCCCGAUCUCUUUCUAACUGAUUUCAUCUCGGUGGGGCUGGAAGAAACCUUUCCAUUCUUGUCCCCAAAAUAACAUGGUAAGGUUGAACUUUUUACCUCAUCUAUUGGUAAGCAGAGGUCUGUGUGUUUUAUGGCUGGCUGUUUUGUCUUUGCUGUCUCGCAGUUCUGUUCCCACUUCUCCCUGCAUUAGGUUAGGCUGUGCGAUAAGUUCCGUGGUACUUCUAUUGCUUCCUGACGCCAAUGGUUUUUCUGGAGGCAGGGAGUGUUUCCUGUCUGGAAGCUCAAGGCAGUGUUCCUGGCAGAAGGGAUUAUUUUUGUUUCCCUGGCGAGGACCUUUCCCUGUCUUUGUUUUUGUCUCUUUCUCUAAGUUGUUUGUUCUGGUUUGGUCUUGGUGUUUUUGGUAUAGUUCAGUGACAGCUCUAGUUAAACUGUACCAAAUCCAUCUACACAGGACUGUUGCAGCCAAUGUUUGUAUACUGGCUUGGUGAAUCCCUAGGCCAGGCAGCGGUGGUAUUGGGUACAUUGCUUCAGUUUGUGCGCUGAUUUCACUUCUUGAGUGAACAGAAAUGGUUAGCUGUGCUGGUGCAGGGAUGCUGUCUGACAGAUUAUGGUGUUAUGGCAUCAGCCAUGGCAGAGUUAAGUAGUCGUAGUUCCCACCUUUGCUGUGGACCUGCUGUUGCUGUCAUGGCUGCCAUGGGUUGUUCAUUCAGGUCCCCAGGUUCUUCAUAGAAUUGUAUAAUAGAAUGGCUCAGGUUGGAAGGGACCUCAAGGAUUAUCAAGCUCCAACUCCCCUGCAGGGCCACCAAUCUCCACACUUAAUACUAGAGUAUCCUGUAUUUCUGAGUCUCUUGUUGAAUUAUGUUAGCACAACAAAUAGUUGCUUUUUACAGAGCCUUCGAUCAGAUGGAACCAUACGCAGAAGCUGUUGCCAAGGUUGAGGUGCACUUCAGUCGCAGCAUCUUAAGUUGAGGUGUUUACAGAUAUCUGUACAUAAAGAACAUCGUAAACUAGAAAUUCCAGGAUACAAGAGAUCACAACAGGAGAUCUUCAUUAGAAGAGGGAGGCAGAAGCAAGCGUCACAUCUGUAGGAGAUUCCUUUGAAGAAUUUGCUGCAAACAAAGAUACACGUGAAUUUUCUGCAUGACGACUCCCAUACUGGAUUACAUAACAUUAGGACUUCUGACGAUGUUUUGAUCCUUAAAAAUGAUUAGGUUUGUAUAUGAGAUUUAACCCACUUCUGAUGAGUGAUCUAGACAUGAGUUUACAUCGGCAAAUGGGCUCUGAUCGGGACCUCCAGUCUUCGGCUUCCUCUGUGAGUUUGCCUUCAGUCAAAAAGGCACCAAAGAAAAGAAGAAUUUCCUUGGGCUCUCUUUUUCGGAGAAAAAAAGACACAAAACGCAAGUCUAGGGAUCUGAAUGGAGGUGUUGAUGGAAUUGCAAGCAUUGAAAGCAUUCAUUCAGAAAUGUGUACAGACAAGAACUCUAUUUUCUCCACAUGUACCUCUUCCGACAAUGGAACAACCUCUAGCAGCAAGCCAAGCGGAGACUUCAUGGAAUGCCCCUUGUGCCUUUUGCGGCACUCCAAGGACAGGUUCCCGGAGAUAAUGACUUGUCACCAUAGAUCUUGCGUGGAUUGCUUGCGUCAGUAUCUCCGGAUAGAAAUUUCUGAGAGCAGAGUUAACAUCAGCUGUCCGGAGUGCUCCGAACGGUUCAAUCCUCACGAUAUCCGUUUGAUAUUGAAUGAUGACAUCUUGAUGGAAAAAUAUGAAGAGUUUAUGCUUAGGCGAUGGCUAGUUGCGGAUCCUGAUUGUAGGUGGUGCCCAGCUCCAGACUGCGGAUAUGCUGUGAUCGCAUUUGGAUGUGCCAGCUGUCCCAAACUUACAUGCGGACGAGAAGGCUGUGGAACUGAGUUCUGCUAUCACUGUAAGCAGAUUUGGCAUCCGAACCAGACCUGUGAUGCUGCUCGCCAGGAGAGAGCUCAGAGUCUGCGCCUGAGAACAAUCCGUUCCUCAUCUAUCAGUUACAGCCAGGAGUCUGGAGCAGCAGCUGAUGACAUAAAGCCAUGCCCACGCUGUGCUGCUUAUAUAAUAAAAAUGAAUGAUGGAAGCUGCAAUCAUAUGACUUGUGCUGUCUGUGGCUGUGAAUUCUGUUGGCUUUGUAUGAAAGAGAUCUCAGAUUUACACUAUUUAAGCCCAUCAGGUUGCACGUUUUGGGGAAAGAAACCAUGGAGUCGUAAGAAGAAAAUACUGUGGCAACUAGGGACACUUGUUGGAGCUCCUGUAGGAAUUGCAUUGAUAGCUGGCAUUGCUAUUCCUGCUAUGAUUAUUGGAAUUCCUGUGUAUGUGGGACGGAAGAUUCACAAUCGAUACGAAGGCAAAGACAUUUCAAAGCACAAGCGGAACCUGGCGAUAGCAGGUGGUGUAACCCUGUCUGUAAUUGUUUCUCCAGUUGUAGCUGCAGUAACUGUAGGUAUUGGUGUUCCUAUCAUGCUGGCCUAUGUGUACGGAGUUGUGCCGAUCUCCCUCUGCCGAAGUGGAGGCUGUGGUGUUUCAGCAGGCAAUGGAAAAGGUGUUAGGAUAGAAUUUGACGAUGAAAAUGAUAUAAAUGUUGGUGGAACAAAUGCAGCUGUAGAUACCACUUCAGUCGCAGAAGCACGUCACAACCCCAGCAUAGGCGAAGGAAGCGUUGGUGGGCUGACUGGCAGCUUGAGUGCCAGUGGCAGCCACAUGGAUAGGAUAGGAGCCAUUCGAGACAACCUGAGUGAAACAGCUAGCACCAUGGCGCUGGCUGGGGCCAGUAUAACGGGCAGUCUCUCGGGAAGUGCAAUGGUUAACUGCUUUAACAGGCUGGAAGUACAAGCAGAUGUGCAGAAAGAACGCUACAGCCUCAGCGGAGAAUCUGGUACAGUUAGCCUGGGAACAGUUAGUGAUAAUGCCAGUACCAAAGCAAUGGCAGGAUCCAUUCUCAACUCCUAUAUCCCUUUGGACAGGGAAGGCAACAGCAUGGAAGUGCAAGUGGAUAUUGAAUCAAAGCCAGCCAAGUUCAGACACAACAGCGGAAGCAGCAGUGUUGAUGAUGGCAGUGCUGCAGGUCGGAGCAAUGCUGCGUGUUCAUCGGCCUGUGUGCCAGAAAGUAAAUCUAGUGCCACCAAGUGGUCCAAAGAAACAACAGCAGGAAAAAAAUGUAAGGGUAAGCUGAGAAAGAAGAGCAGCAUGAAGAUAAAUGAGACGAGAGAGGACAUGGAUGCUCAGCUGUUGGAACAACAAAGCACAAACUCCAGUGAAUUUGACUCUCCCUCUCUUAGCGAUAGUAUUCCAUCCGUAGCAGAUUCUCACUCGAGUCAUUUUUCUGAGUUCAGUUGCUCAGAUAUGGAAAGUAUGAAAACUUCCUGUAGCCACGGUUCCAGCGACUAUCAUACUCGCUUUACCACAGUCAGUGUUCUCCCAGAGGUGGAAAAUGAUCGCUUGGAAAACUCUCCACAGGUGAGCGGAAUCCCCAUGCCUGUUGCAGCAGCCUCAGGCACUGAUGUUCAGCAGCUGAGUUACAUUGCCGAGGAAAGCAUUACUAGUGGAUCUUCAACAGAUGUAGGUCUAGGUGUUGAUGAAACUCUGAAAGAAGCAAACAACAACCAUGCACAACGUGCUGCGGAAUUAAGCACUGCUAUUCAGACUGAAAUUUAAGCCAAAAAAUGCUGCAAAAACAUAUUUACCACUAAUGAACCCUGUCUGAAAGCUGGUUUAAUUACAUGCAACGGCUUCCGUAAGCUUCAGGUGACCGGCAGAAGCAAGGUUUUGAUACAGCUGCAUUUUAUAUACCUGUCUGUUAAGGCAGAAUACUUCAUAUGGAUCUUAGAGCUGUGUGAAGGGACAUGAAGGCUUUAACAAGUGCAUUACAGCAGUACAAAUACGUCCGUGUUUUUUAUUUUUGCCACAACUUUGCUUGAAAGCAUAUACUUGGUGUAUUUAGAUAAAAAUUGGGUAAUUCUUGAUAUGUUAAAUGCUAAAAUAAGUAAUACAUCCUGCACUGUUCGCUCAAAAAAUAGGGGAUGUGGGAUAAAUGGGUGUUAGCUGAGCAUUAGUGACUUAAAACCAUUCUAGCGUGAACUCGAAGGGAAGCAGAAGUUUUGUGGAGACCUCUACAAACAUCUCUCAGCAGUGAAUAUCCAUAGUGAUCAUUUUGUUUUAUAACUGGGCACACUAUUUGGAAUGCAUGUGGAAUGGAUCGCGUACCUCCAGGUGAUGUGGCCCUGUGUCAGAAGUGUUCAUGUGUACACUAUGAGCGAGGCUACGGCGUGUUACGUCAUUUAGAAGCUGAAGAAAUUGGUACUUGAUACGUGGUGGAAUGGAGGCGUCACCUGUGGACAACAGUGGGGUCGCUUAUUUAUUCACGCAACCAACCGUGCGGCAGAUAAGGCUGCUCUACAUUGUGUAAAACCUGUAAGAUAAUGAUCCAAUGAUUUAUGAGCAUUGUAGUAAAGCAGAUGCAGUCACCUUUCAUGAGGGGGGAAAGCGGUGCCCCGUCAAAUCUUGGUGCCUUGGAAAAGACUGGGUGUGAAGUGCCUGGUCGUUGGAGGAUUUGUCUGUCGUGUUUUCCAGAAUGUCCUCUUUGGCCACCUUCAAACACAAAAGAAAAUCCUAGUGAAUAAAUGACUGGUAGAUAACUGUAUGAUAACAAAGUAUUAGCCUACCAAAGACUCACUCAGGCUUUCGUGAAUGACUUCUUUCACGUGACAUCUCUUUGCAAGAUGUGCAUCUUCAGUCCCAGAGUCGGAGUGCAGGGCAAUGGCUGCCCAGCUGUCACGAUGGCUUCUGGACAUGCUGGCUUAUUUUUCUUUUGCGCAUGGAAGAUGUACAGAUAAACAAAAGCUGAAGUUGGCCAAAGCGCCUGCACUGUCCAAUGUUUUUUUCUUUUUGCUAUGUAAAUCACUAAAAAUGAGGGGAAAAAAAGUUGUGAAUAUCAGAAAAAACAGUUACCAAUGUUCUGUCUUGUGUUCAAUGUAUUGCCAUUAUGGUGCUACUGGGAGUUGGGUUGGAUGAAAAGAAAACGCCAUGUGCUGCAGUUCUCUUCCAUGACUUAUCCUCACCAGUUUCAUUAAAUGCUUAUAACACUAGUGCCAGUUACGUCAUUUGAUAAUGCUUGUUACGGUAUUUGUAUAUUUGCAAUUCAGUUUCGCUCAGUAAUAUGCGUGUAAACUGCAUAUCUGAAAUAAAUGUCUAAGUACUGAG